AUGGUUUCUACUCGUCACAAGAAGGCUGUGGUUUCUACAGAGUUCAUCGACAACUCUGAUGAGUCGGAUGGAAAUGAGACUUAUGAAGAGGAGGGUUUGCUCACCAAACUUUAUCCAAGUUCGUCUGAUGAGGAAGACGGAGAGGACAAUGACAACGAUGAAGAGGAAGAAGAGGUUGUUAUGAGUGAGCCAGAGAUUGUGGAGGUACCCUCCACCCCACGCAAACAUGGAAGACCCCACAAGAUUACUGCUACACCUACCCCAUCAAAAGGGAAAAAGAGAACAAUCAAUGAGGUUGCUGUGUCUGAUUCAGAGGCAUCUUUCAUUGCGAGCGAAUCCGGUCAUGAUUCUCCAACGCCGACAGGAAAAAAAAAUAAAGGUCGUCAAGUGAUCUUUGACACUUCUGUGUUGAAGACAAAAGCAAGCAUUGAAAUGGCGAAGAAAAAGAAAACUGCUCCAGAUGUCUUUGACAAGGAUGAGGUCAUGUCCGAUGGUGACAAAACAAAUGACGAUUUUCCGAAGUUGUCUAAAUGUGGAGUUGCCGCUCUUGAUCUUGUCGACCCUCUUCUCAAGGAGACAUAUAAGAAGUUGACCAAGCUGCCUAGGCAAGUUAUCAAUAAUGGCUUGAAAUUUAUUUCUUGGAAGGAUAACAAUGACCAAGAAGAUGACGAAGGAAAUGGGAUGAUCCUCUUCUCUAGCAUUGGAGGUGUCUACCCCAAUAUCAAUCUGAAGUACAUCAAAGGAUUGGUUGUGUUCGAGAAGGACUAUACAUCCAAUAUUGUCAACCUUUCUCGCAUUGAUCCGUCACUUCUCAUCGCCAAGAAGACAUCCGGUCAAACAAAGGGUGGGCCUCUCGUGUUCAUAUGGGAUUGCAAGUCACCUGCCUUGUGUGUCACGCUUGGAAUCAUUGCAUUUCACCUCGUCAACGCGGAGACAAAGAAGUCAAAUUCAUCACCGCCAAGCUUCUUGCUUAUGAGUAUGAGCAUAUGGUCGCUGUCUUAUCAGGUAAAGAAGAAAUAUGUCAUCAUUUUGGUUGAUAUUGCUGACAAUCAAUGCCUUUCCGUCCCCGUUCUAGAUGCUCGAACCAAGCAGAUCAAGAUGCCAUCUGGCCUUGGAACCAUUGAAAAAGACCUUCCCCGAUUCGGUUGUCAAGUCCCCACUGGUUCCAUAGCCCUCAUUGGAUAUACUAUUGGUUCCUAUAACUCCAAGGCGAAUCCCAACGAUGUAUCUUUGUCAAUGAACGUGCUUUGGGUUGCAGUGCUCGCUGCUAGUGAAAACACUUUGCAAGUCUAUCAUUAUCUUCAUUCUUAUCCUUGCUCAACAUCACAUUUCAGGUAG